AUGCAUCUGACAAAGCCUUAGAUGUGGAAGAUCCAAAUCCCACAGUGACGAAGUUGUAGCAGCAGCACCACCUUCUACCUCCACAAAACCACCGGCGCAACAUCUCUCCAACGGCGCAGACACUCACGACAACUCCGACCACCACGCAACAUCUCCCCAACAAACCGCCGCUUCUCAGGCCAGUUUUUCUGUUACUGGUGGCGAGUUAGUUCUCCUUCGUUAAACCCUAAAACUGAAAUGUGAAAACUGCAGUUACCAAUUUCACAUGGCAGCGGCGCGAGAAUUUUCCGCAGCGCUGUUCUCUUGCUCAAAGCACCGCACUUCCCUUUUUCAGCGUCUCUUCCUUCGUACAAAGAGUUCCAAGAUUUUUGUCAAAGGUUUAGCAUUUUCUACUACAGAAGAGAAAUUAGCUGAAGCUUUUUCUCAAUACGGAAAUGUUCUCAAAGCUGAUAUAGUAUUGAAUAAAGCCAAGAAUAGAUCCAAAGGUUUUGGAUAUGUGACUUUUUCAGAGGAGGAAGAAGCCCGUAAAGCACAGAUUGACAUGAAUGGAAAGAUAUUACACGGACGUGUCUUAUAUGUAGACAUGGAUUCGCCUGACGAGCAAAAGAAAACUUACAAGCGCGCAACUAAAAAUGCAAAUGCUAAUAAUGGUGAUCUGCAUAUGGAUUGAAGUAGACAAAAAGACUUACAAGGUAAGACAGCACCUAACCCAAGGAGGGAAGGAGUCGCAUCUCCUCCGAGCGCUUCUGGUUGAUAAUGGUAUUGUAAAGGUUACAUAUUUUGAUCCGCCAAUUAAUAUCUAAACGAUACACGAUUGGCCAAUCAAUAACAAAUACUUUUGCUCAAUGUCUCGUUAUUAUCUAUAUAUCUCAUUUAUAUUUUUGGAUUUCAGAAUCAUUUUCCGAAUCAAAUGUAUUACAUCCAAGACAGAGUAUUCAAAAUUGAUUUUAGCUAAGAGUAGUUCUAGUUUCUGCUUGAUCUGUUGGAGUUCUCUGUUAUGCAUAAGUGAGAAACCAGACCUUAUAAUUCAAAGAAAGAUAGCAUAGCAGUAGUAGAGGUGUUUAGUCUUGAGCUUUUUUUUUGUUUCUUUUGUUUUUUUGUCUGUAGACGAAGUGGUAAUAACCGCUAGAACUCUUACACGCAACCGUGAGUACCAAGAUUUGAACUCUGGUGAUGGCGAUCAAUCUAUAAUAAUGUUGACUUCUGAUAGUUGAGCUAGGAUAUAUGAACAUUCUUUAAGUUUUUUUUUGCGCUAGUAAAAUGAAUCCCACUCCCCUAGUCAAAAAAUAAUGCAAUCAAUAGAUUGAGGUUAUUAGAUAAAGAUCAUGCAACUCGCAAUUUGCCUCUACUAAUCAAAUUCAAAACACGCACUCAAAUCAAAAUAUGAGUUGCUUGAUUUUUUUAUCUGACAAUUUUGAUUUGCUGCCUGCUAAACUUUUUUAUUCUGACAAAUAUGGAAUAUUUCCCUAGCAAGUGGAGUAGUUAUGCCACUUUAGAUUGGGGAUAGCAAUGUGCAAGUGCUUUAAUGAUUGAUAUGAUAAGAAAAAGGUCAGGAGCUUGUUUGUCUAUUUCUAAAAAGUCUACACUGCAAACAUAGUUUGGAUACAGCCAAGCCUUACACAACCUAGGUUCGUUCUUACCCUAGCUUGAAAACUUUUUGAGAGACUGCAGUUAACCAUAAUUGAUCUGGGGAAGUAAGAUCUAGGUUUGCUCCAUUUUUACUCAAUUGUUUUUACUAAAAAUAUGUAACUGCAUUUUCCAAUCAAAAUGGUAUUACUAUUGAAUUUACAUUGUAUAUGGUCCCCUAAACAUAUUUGAAACAUAUUGCCCCAUUCCUUUUGGACCAUCACAAGAGGCAAAAAUAGAAAUUAUUUAAUUUAAACAAUUAUGUAAUGUUACUAUGAAAGUAUGAUAGAACUUGUUUGAUUGAUCAAUGUGUAUAAACAUUUGUUCAAACAUCUUCCUAUCUUCCUAAAAAAUACAUUUUUUUAACAUGUAUAUACAUUUUUAUCUGUUAAUGCAUACAUCAAAUAAGGGUGUGUACAGAAUUAAUUAUAGUAAAUUGAGUAUGGUAGAAUU